CGGGCUCAGAGCAGUCUUGGCCAGAGUGGCCCUGGUGGCUGGUCCUAGAGGAGCACGGCUCCAGAUUGGGGUAGGGGAAGAUGAAGAAAGGAACAUGAGGACCCAUCUCUUCGCCCGUCCGUCCAUUCAAGAAAUACUUAUCAAACAGCCAGGUACCCAAGCGUCCAUCAGGGAACAAGAGAGAACCCCCCCCCCCCCCCGGGGCUUACAUUCUGGCUGUGGAGACCACCGGUCCGCAGGGAGAGCCGUGAUAGAAGAGCACUAUGGGAAAAGGAACGCCGGCUGGGGCGGCCUGCCGUCUGCAACAGGACUGGCCCCUCUGAGGGUGAAGCGGCAAGCGGGUCAGGUUUUCCAGCUCGUUAGGAGCAAGAUCACCUCAGCUCAGGCACAGGCUGGGUGUUUCGGGCUCCCUGGCACUCAGGCUCCUCCUGAGCGAUGGGGGCACGCAGGGUCUGGGGACGUGGCUCGGGUGGCCCAGCGCCGGCCGCGGGUGACCACUGCCCAGUCGUCGUCGGGGCAGGGGGGGCGCCUGCCACUUUCCAGGGGCCACAGAAGCUUCCUCAAUCGUGCCUCUGUCUCUUCCUCCAGACCAGAGGCAGAGCCAUACAUCACGCAGCUUUGUCUUCCACUUCCUGCAUUUAAGCAAAUCCCGGAGGUUGUGACAGCUGAGUUGUCAGGGUGGGGGCCGCGGAAGGCGCCUCGUUCAGCACGGCCUCUGCGCCCGAAGGCCUGCCCUCCUCAGCACAAAGAGCAGCACGGAGAGCCUUGGAUCCCUACCUUAGCCCUGGUUUAUUUCCUUGCAUUUUGGCUCAGAGAUGCUGUGAAGCAAGAAUGUGGCCACAGACCUACUGCCAGAACCUGGUUAUCUGGACAAAGAAGAAACUCCAGGAGGUCAAGUAGAGUUCAUCCAUCAUCAGCACUGGCUUCCCUUUCACCAGCAAAAGAAUGAAAGUCUCCCCACCUGGCCACCCAGUCAGCAUGGUAGGCUUGGAUCACAGCUUAGCUUUUCUGAGCCUCAGCUGUGUGAGGAGAGUGGAACAGGGCCAUGUCUAACCCAUGGGGAUGAUGGAGACAGCCCAUGAGAGGGGCCUAAAUUUAGAAAGGAGGGUGAGGGAAUGUGUGGCUGAGGUCUAAAGUGAAAGAUUUCUUGGCUUGACCUUGGCUCCUGCCCUGUGGAGGUGGUCCUAGGGGCAGCAAUGGAGAAAAACAGGGUCGGAGUAAAGGGAAGACCUGGUUUUCAAAGUGUGUUCACAUAGGCUGACUUGAGGGAUGAUAUUGAAGCCAAGUGAAAUAUGAGGAGGGGUGGAAUGCACCUCUUGGGUGGAGGAAACCACUGGAGAGGCUCUGAGGUGGGAAGCCCCAGUCAACCUGAGGAGUGGAUGCAUAGACAGACACCCAUGUGGCUGGAGCUUUGUGGACUAGUGGGUAGAUGGUAUGUGAUGGGGACCGUGGAAAGGAGUCAGGGUGCAUUCAUAGUGCAAAGGGGGUGCUUUACAGGGACCUGACUCCCUGUGUUCUACCAAGAGCCCUCUGCAUGCCAAGUGGAGAAUGGAUUGUGGAGGAAGCUGUAGUCAGGACACUACUGCAGGCAUGGGUGGUGGGCCUGGACCAGAACACUGACACAGGCGAAGCUGAGAGGCAGGCCCACCUGAACGUGUUGGAGACAAAGCAAGGAGGUCGAAAGGAAAAUACUUCUAGCUGUUAGAUAAGUAAGUCCUGGGAUGCAAUGUACAGCACAGUGACUAUAGUUAAUAUUGUAUUGUCUAUUUCAAAGUUGCUAAGAGAGCACAUCUUAGAAGUUCUUAUCGCAAGAAAAAAAUAUUUGCAACUAUGAUGAUGGAUGUUAAUGAAACUUACUAUGGUAAUCAUUCCAUGAUAUAUGCAUAUAUCAGAUCCUUAUGUUGUACACCUAAAAGUAAU